GUGGGUGUUGAGCAUCUCAAAACAGGCUCAAGCCCCUGGCACGUCACAUUCCAACUGUUCAGCUGAGGGACAGCCCCAAAUCAUUUGAAUUUUCCAGAUCCACUCUAUGUCUUUACAGGUCUCUCAUUGUUUCGUGUGUGUCCCCAACACGGGGAUUGGUGGUGGCUGCUUGAGCUGAGCGGUGGCCAAAUAAUGCGUGGAAGACUUGGGUUUCUCAUUAACUCCAGAGUUGAUAUAGUCCCAUCUCUCCAAGCACCAGCCCAUUUUCCUGCCUCCAUCCCAGAUCUGCUGUCCAAGCCCUCACCUUGCUCUGCAGCCCAGGACAGUGACUGUUCCCAGAAGGAGAGCGGAGGAGCUGUGGGAUGGAUGACAAAAGGAAGAUGCAGACAGAGAAGCACCUCACGGGAACAUUGAUCCUCUCUGUCUUCACUGCGGUGUUGGGCUUCUUCCAGUAUGGCUACAGCCUGGGGGUCAUUAAUGCCCCCCAGAAGGUGAUAGAAGCACACUACGCACGCGUGCUGGGCAUUGUUUCCCCGGACAGAUAUGCUGCCAAUGCCUCUGGGGAGGAUGGCACGUUCCUCCAGGCUGGCACAGAGGGCACACUCCCACCCCCAGCUGACACCAGCGAGGACCUUGCUGCCUCCCCACACAUCCUGACCAUGUACUGGUCCCUGUCCGUGUCUGUGUUCGCCAUCGGGGGCAUGGUCUCCUCCUUCACCGUGGGCUGGAUCGGCGACCGGCUCGGGAGAGUGAAAGCCAUGCUGGUGGUGAAUGUCCUCUCCAUUGCUGGGAACCUCCUCAUGGGGCUGGCGAAAUUUGGGCCAUCCCACAUCCUCAUCAUCUCCGGGAGAGCGGUCACGGGGCUGUACUGCGGGCUCUCCUCUGGACUCGUGCCCAUGUAUGUCAGCGAGGUCUCUCCCACGGCCCUGCGAGGAGCGCUGGGGACGCUGCACCAGCUCGCAAUCGUCACGGGCAUCCUCUUCAGCCAGAUCCUUGGACUAGACUUUCUUCUGGGCAAUGACGUGAUGUGGCCCCUGCUCCUUGGUCUGUCUGGUGUGGCUGCCCUGCUGCAGUUCUUCCUGCUCUUACUGUGCCCUGAGAGCCCCCGAUACCUUUACAUCAAACUGGGGAAGGUGGAGGAAGCUAAAAAAAAUUUGAAAAGGCUUAGAGGAAACUGUGAUCCAAUGAAAGAGAUUGAAGAGAUGGAAAAGGAAAAGCAAGAAGCUGCUAGUGAAAAGAAAGUCUCCAUAAGACAGCUUUUCACCUCUUCCAAGUACAGGCAGGCUGUCAUCGUGGCGCUGAUGGUGCAAAUAUCCCAGCAGUUCUCGGGAAUCAAUGCGAUCUUUUACUACUCCACAAACAUUUUCGAGAGAGCUGGGGUUGACCAACCAGUUUAUGCAACCAUCGGUGUCGGAGUGGUGAACACGGUCUUCACUGUUAUCUCUGUCUUUCUGGUGGAGAAGGCGGGCAGGAGGUCCCUGUUCCUGGCAGGUUUGAUGGGCAUGUUAGUCAGCGCCGUGGCCAUGACAGUUGGGCUUGUGCUCCUGAGCAAGUUUGCCUGGAUGAGCUAUGUCAGCAUGGUCGCAAUCUUCCUCUUCGUCAUCUUCUUCGAAGUGGGGCCUGGGCCCAUCCCCUGGUUUAUCGUAGCCGAGCUGUUCAGCCAGGGCCCGCGCCCUGCCGCCAUCGCUGUCGCCGGCUUCUGCAACUGGGCCUGCAACUUCAUCGUGGGAAUGUGCUUCCAGUACAUAGCAGAUCUGUGUGGACCAUACGUGUUUGCAAUCUUCGCGGGUCUGCUCCUCAUCUUCUUCCUGUUUGCACACUUCAAAGUGCCGGAGACGAAGGGAAAGUCCUUUGAGGAGAUUGCAGCCGUGUUCCGCCGCAAGAAGCUCUCGGCCAAAGCCAUGACUGAGCUGCAAGACCUGCGACGCAGCGAGGAGGCAUAGAUAUCCCAUGCACCCAGAAAGGAGGGACUGGGCAUGCACCUCCUUCAGGCACCAUGGGAAGAAUGUUGGGCAAAAGUCUCAUUUCACAAAAACCUUGCAGCUGGCAGACCAGGAGGACCCAUCCAUCGGAUUCCUUCUGGCUGCUGUGGUUCACACCUCUCAGCCACAGGUGCUAACCUGGAAUUUUACUCUGAGACACUUGGGACAACUGGGCUGCAGGAAGAGCUAGGGAAAGGACAGGAGGAGUAUGAUACAUGUCCAUCUCAAUGCCCUGCUGGAAGAGCCCAGUGGGACUGUGAUCUAACCAGACAGGAUUGAGCAGGGCUGUCUCUUAGCUGAAAUGAAGGAAAGAGGGGCUGGCUGAGGCUGCAGCCUCAUGUUUUCACUUUUUUAUCCCCAUCUCUCUGCUUCAUUCUGCUGAGUGACAUGGUGCCUUUAAAAUCCAACUGCUCAUGCAGUUGUGCCACCAGCACACAGCACUGAUCACCCCAGGUGCUAAGGAAAACAGGUGGACCAAACACCCCCUUACUCUUGCUUCUGCAGAGGAAGAUGGUGGAUCCCACCUGAACUGGUUGGGAUGUACUUCCUUGCUUUUCUAUCUGUGCAUUAUGGAAACGCUGUCUGAUCUCAUAAGGAUUUCUCAGUUGCAGUAUUUUUUUUGAGAAUCUCAGAAACUGGCUGGGCUGAUGGGCACUUCCUACAUUUCAGCCAUACUAUUUAGAUCACUCUUUCCUCCCGGGAAGCCUCUCCUCUCCCCCUUCUCACUGCUACAGCACAAGGCACAGCACAACACUGACCACACAAAAGGCCUGGGCACUCUUGGCCUCCAUGUGAGGAGACUCGAGCCCUGCUGCCACCCCUUCCAUGGUGUGACCAUUGCCAGGGCACCUCCUUCCCCAUCUGCACCUUCCUUUCACACAGUGCCCAAGACCCACAGGCUCCAGUCCAGCCGAGGGCUCAGGCUGCUCACAGAGCAACAAUUAAUGAUGACCCAAAGAAGAAAUGGAUAUUGGAAGGUUGACUGGAAGGUGCCAUUUACCUAACCCCCAUUUUACAUCACUUAGCAUUUUGCUGGCUGGGUGUGCUUCAGCCAAGAUAGUGUGCAAGCAGGAGGUCAUGCUGUUUCCAUAGCCUUGUUUGUGCUCCUUUUGCUUCUUUAUGGGACAUUUUUAUGUGUCACAAUCAAACUCCAAGGAUUUUGCUUCCUUUUUUGGGGGCAUAUUUUGGAACCAUUGUAAAAGCCUGCUCUCUGCUUGACUUUUAAGAUUUGCAUGUUCCUUGUUGUGAUACCAGGUUACUUUUUAGCAACUUUCUCAGGGUAGAAACGCAUUAUUUAUUUAGAGAUGAAACACCAGCAUUGCUUGGUCACUGUGUGUUCACCACAGCUGCUAGUGAAGCAGUGGCCAAAAUGUAACAGAGGAUUGAGCAUAAUGAAAAGCACAAAACAGAUGGGCUGAGAAGGAUCACACUGCUGCUAUAGGUUUGGUUUUAGGGGAGGCUCAUGCUCCUUUCCACGUGCCUGAACUUUUUUUCCUUUGUAGACUUUACUGUCUUGGUAUUAACCUUACAGCACACUCUGGUCACUUCCAAGUGAUGGGAAGAGCAGCCACGAGGCCCACUGGCAGAAAUGCCUGGCCCUGGUGUGUGCACUGAAGCAGUAAGAUUGCACCAAAGGCUUUGCUGGAGUGACUGCUGGGAUUUAACUAGAGGAGAACUGGGUCAGUGCUGUCAUGUGCUGCAGUGGUGGGUGACCUGGGUGUGACAUGGGCAUGCAGAGCUGCUGGAACCAGAGCCCAGGCUGGGGAGGAGAAGGGAGCAGCAGAGCUGGGGCACAGGUCUGUGUGGAGCUGUCCAGCUGUGUGCUGUACACAGGUCUCCCCAGGUGAGACCAACAGCAGGCUCAGAAGCUCUCGACUGGCUGUGUUCACUGUACGUUAAAUAUAAUGUAUUAUCUGAAUGUACAAAAAGGAGAAAAAAAAGAGGACUCUUGCUAUCAGCAUUGUUAUCUAGGUCUGUUAGAUAAAAGAUGAACAACAUCUAUGUCAUGUGAUGGCUUGUGCUGCUGUUUUUCCCCCUCUGUACAUCUCAGACAUACAUCCAGUGCCAGAUGGGAGCUAUUUUCCGCACAGGACACAUUUGCUCCACAGGUGGUAAAAGCUGUGCAAGCCCUCAGCUAAAUCUCUUUCAAACAGGUGGUCCAGAGGUGAGCCUUGGGGUUGGAGGCAGCCCUGGAGCUGGUGGCAGCUGGCUUUGGGCUGGGAUGGGCCCUGACUGGAGGGGUGCCAGUGUCUGGCCCAGCUGUCCACACUGCCCCCUUCACACCACUGAGAAGCACCUCUGCUUGCAUGGUGCUGGUGCAGCCUAAAACCUGGCACUGGGGCCUCUGUAGGCACAAGGGGCAGGAGGAGCAUUUGGGGAGAAGUGAGGUUCAAAGCACAUUUGCUGCUGCUCUGAGGGCCCAGCCAGGCUGGGUUCCCUGUGAUCUGGGGGGCGUUGGUGACUCUCCCAGCAGCUCAGCAGUGAGGGGCCUUACUGAUCAACACUGAGCAGUCAGUCCUGGUUUUCCUGUGUCACUGGUGAAUAACAAUAGAAAGCCCAGUCCAGGUACUGUAGUUCAGCACUUAAAUCAGUUUAACAAAGCCCACAGCAUUAACAAUGCCCACAGCUACACCACUACACUUCCCAGAAGAGCUGCCUGGGGGUCCAGAGGCACCUAAGGAAAAUGGAGCGUCAGGCUGUGUUUCCUUGCAGCAGCUGCCAUGUGGAAGGUAAGGGAGUUUUCUCCUUCCAGCCUGGGGUGGGAUAAGCAGAGUAAGGCAUUGCUGGCCCUUUGUCCUCCCCAUGGCUGCAGUGAAGGAUCAAGCUGGGCUUUACUACCACAAGAGCACUUUAGCCAUAUGCCAGCACAGGACGGGGUCAUUAGAGUUAGUUAAAUCUGACGAUAUGUUUACUUUUGUCUCGUCCCAUCAGGCUGAUAAUUAGGACUGUACACUUUAUCUGUCCUUGCUACAUGCAAGUUCCAGUUAAAACUUGUUCUUGAGACACAGCUUGUUGAAUCAUUAUUUUCAUCUCUCACCAUUACAGUUUUACUAAGUUGCUAAUCAUUAAGAAAAUCUAAAAGACCAAGUCAAACUUAUUAGCUAAAUGGUCACUGCAUUUUAGUAACAUGCUAAAUAUGUUCUCAUACCAUGCCUGGCUAAUAAUGCAAUAUAAUUAACAAUCCCUGAGAAAGCAUCUUGUCAGCAAGAGCUUUGACAGUGUUUUCCUAAUGUGCUGAGACAACAGCCAUUAGGACUUUUCUGUUGUGCCAACGGUAUCUAGUCUCCCACUCUCUAGGCUUAAUUUUAAAAUUAGUUUGACUUCCCUAAUUCAAUAAACUCAGGACAUUUGGCCCCAUUAACGCUCUCCACACUAAUUUAUCACAGGUUUUUCUGCCUCACUUCAACUUGUUUUUCAUCACUGAGAAGCCCUACCCUCUAUCUCUGGAGUCAAACAGCUGAUAAUGAUGAAGCUAACCCAAGUACUACUAUGCAGGGACAAAGUCUUUGAGGUAUGAUGAAUUUUCUGAAGUGUUCGAUGUCCUUAUCUUUCACCAGAAAUCUAUGGGAGCUGAGGAAUUUCAAGGUAGGAUAUCAGGUCUGGAUCCAACAGAAUAUGUAAGCAUCAGAUAAAAUUUAAGAUAAAUGAGUGUGCUCAAGUAUUUCACUACAUCCUGAAGCAACAGUGGCAAAUUUCACCCAGAGGCACAACAUGAGUAGCUGUGCUGAAAGGGAAGGAAUCUCCUCCUCAGCACUGGGGCAAUAAAUCCUGGCUGCAGAUCAGCAGUCCUUAAAUUUUACAGGCUGUAGAUACAACUGCAGACCCGAGGCUUGGGUAGUGUCCUGCGUUCUGUAGUGUACUGCACUGCCUGCCUUGGGUAGUGUUCUACCUCCCUGCACUCUGUUCGGGGGAGAGAGCAGCUCUGUGACUCUGGAAAACUUCAGGCUCCUGCAGGUCCGGGUGGAAUAUCGCUGCUGCAGCACUGUUGCAGCCCCAGGAGGAGGGAACAGCUGGAGUUACUUUGUGCUUUCCUUCUUCCCUGUGGGGAAGUUACAAUUACAGGGGUUCCUGCUAGCUCACAGUGUCACCGUGCUGUCACCGCUUGGGUGUGCCCAGGGUGAUUCCCUUGGUAUUCCUACAUGGGCUCGGCAGGAAGCAGACAGUGAACGCCAGGACUAAAGCAGUGCCCGGAGCAGAGCGGGUGCCUACGGCAAGGGCACUACAGAGGGUCCCUGACCCCAUUCCUGCAACACAGGCACACUGUACCCGGGAGCUCUGAGGGCCUGCUGAGCGGGGCACUGCCCUGUGGUGGGGAAUCACUGACUCACAGCUUCUCUCACGUCCUCCUGCUCAAGGCUGUGCCCACAAGCCUGCCUGAACCCUCCCCCCAACAGCCAGGACACGGUGGGAUCCCAGGAAAGUCAGCUCAGCAGCUGAAACAGGGACAUUGCUCACGUUGGAACAGAGCUGUUUACACCACUCUGCUCAUGACCUGGUAUUUCUAAUCGUGUGACCUGACCCCACUGCCCAGAGGUGUAAACACCUCCUCCUGCCUUCCAUGGGCUGCCUGGAAACAGGUGGGAUGUUUCUGGAAACAAGGUGGGAUGUUAACCCAGCACUGGCUGACAUGCAUAUUCUCAAGGCUGGGCUUUGAUGAGGUACCUCAGGGCACCAGACAUUUCUCCAGGACAUAACUGAGAACAGACACAACUCACUCAGUUUAAAUCUUCCUGAAUUUUUUUAGACCCUCUUCACUUCUUAAAGACACAAAUAAGAGAAGAAAAACUUGAUAACAUUCUGAGCCUACUUGAGAGAAAAG